UAUGUAUGUAUCUUUCUUUCUCUCUCUAUAUAUAAACACAUCAAGUUCUUGUUUUUAGACCGAACCCACGUCGGUUUUCGAAUGGCGAUCCAAACCCAAUUGUAUUCGGAGAAUCUUGGCUUUCCGUUUGUCGCCGGUGAUGACGGUGGUGGCGGCGGUGGUGGUGGUGGUGGUGGUGGGAUGAAUUUCUCACAAGAUUGGAUGGAAAACGGUUGUGGUUUCAAUGAUUUCUAUCUUUUGAAUCUUAAACAACAACAAGUUUCAAAGAAUCAAGAUUUUGGUUUGGAAAACGGGUUUUCGAUCAAUGACAACGACAACGACAAGAAUAUGUUGAUGCAUUCUCGAUCUUUAUCGGCGUAUAUUCAAAAACAAAAUCAAGAAAUUGAUGGGUUCAUUAGCUUACAGAAUGAGAGAUUGCGAUUGGCGUUACAAGCCCAUCGAAAGCAACAAGUUCUAACGAUCUUAAAGAAAUACGAAUUGAAAUCGGAAGUUUUACUGAAACAAAAAGACGACGAGAUCAAACGGGCGACAAUGAGAAGAAUGGAGCUCGAAGAAUUGCUACGAAGAACGGAUAUCGAACGACAAACAUGGCAGAUUGCAGCAAAGGAAAAGGAAGCAAUGGUCAUGAAUCUGAACAACACGAUCGUGCAAGUUAGAGAGAGAUGGAUGAAACAACAGGAUGAGGAAAAGUUGCAGGUGGUUGAAGAUGAAGGUUCAUGCUGCCAUGGAAAUGAUGACGUAAGCAAGCAGAAGAAGAUGAUGAUGAAGAUGAAGAUGGUGAUCUGCAAAAGCUGUUUCAAUGAAGAUUCAUGUGUUGUGAUGCUUCCAUGUAGACAUCUGUGUUCGUGUAGAUCAUGUGAUGCUUUCUUGAAUUCAUGUCCGGUUUGCAAGAUGGUGAAGAAAGCUACCAUACAACUAGACAUGAUUUCAGAUUCCAAUUUGUAAAUUAUUUAUUU